AUGGCGGCGGCGGCGGCGGUGGAGGUGGGCGUGGUGUAUCGGGUGGAGCGCGCCUUUACGUCCGGAGCGGACGAUGAGAUCGAUCUCAAGCCGAGCGCCAAGGUUAUGUUUGUGGCGGUAAAAGCGUGCGCCCGCAUCAUCAAGGACCAAGCCCCCGAAGGCGCCUUUCUCAUGCGCAUCCCCGACAAGCGCUCAGAAGGUUACGCCAUUUCUGUCAAAAUGGGCUCACGGCGAGGCAGUAUGGCGCGUCGUCACAACCGCCAGCGAGCUGGCUUGGACCAGCUCUUCAAAAACACAGAAAGGCGCGAUAGUGGCGCCAGCUCGACGCAACCCCUGGAGCGCGAGGGUAGCCGGCGGCCUGACGGUGUUCGCUCAAGUCCUUUUGUAACCACUGCCGAAGCCGAUGCCCUGGAUCAUGCAAAGGCCACCGGCAACAUGAGUUUGGCCGCGAUUGCAGCGCUCGCCCACAAGGACGGCAGCUAUGUGACCCUAGCUGAGCUGCAAGCCAUUACGGCCGAUACCAUGACCGAUCACCAGUUGCAUUGUCUUUGCGCUGGCCAAAGCGUCUUCUUCGAACGUAAAACCAUGCGCGAAAUAUCCAAAGUCGUCAAAGCCAAGGCUCGCGCUGAGUUGCAGGCACGCCUCGACAAGCGACCCAACAUUUCGAUCUACGAAGAAGCACGCGCUUGGGCUAUGGCUCAGGGAGACGUGACGCCACAAGCAGUAUCGGCGGGUGAGCAGGAUGAGUUUGAACCAGCCAGCGAGCCGCCCACGCGCCCCGGCUCUGCCAUGUCAUCCGGGCCUGCCGUGGUACAUGGAGCUGGUCCGACCGUGGCACCAAGCUUUCUCUCUUCACCUGAGGGAUCGCCACCUGCCACUACCAUGGCCACUUUUCAUAUCCCGCCUCCGCCAAGCACGCCGCCCCCACCCAACGACAAUGACGUUGCACUCAGCUACGGCACACCAUUGGUGGAGGUGGCGCCGGGUCUGGAUGCUCCACGGCGCACCAGUUUUUCAUGGUCCAUGCUCGCGAAUAAUGCGCCAACUGUCCGCAACACCGACUCGACUAGCCAGGAUCACGUCAACCCUUCGGCCAUCGAGAGGGAGGAGGACGUUGCGAUUCCGCCACCCCCAGCCUUUGACGACCCGUCACAGGACGUUGACAUGUACACGGACACCGUAGUUCCUCCUCGAUCAGAGCCCCUCUUUUUGGAUGCACGGGGCGAUUUUGACGUGUUUGCCAUGGCUUAUGCGCUGGACAGUUCCCUGCCCACAAUGGCUCCAACCCCAAACGACAUUGCGGAGCUCUCCACUGUGCGCCGCUCAUCGUCGUAUCGCCCUACCUCGGCCUCAACCCCGCGCAAGCCCAGCGGGCAGCGGUUCGGCCGUCGACCUUCGUCCAUUGCAGACCCAACGGAGCCGGCCGAUCACGGACCAUCAUCCAUGCCCGACGUACAUGACAAUGACUUGGUCCUGGCACCCAUGCCUUCUCGAGCAUCACUAUUAGAGGCAGACUUGGAUGCGCGCCGUCGCUCGCAAGCGGGCCUCCGGCAGCGGCUCAAGUCCUCAGACGACUUUGUUGGCCGGGCCCGAUGGAACACCUUGUCCGAGCGGGAAGAAGAGGAAACCCGCUCUCAUGAUGCCAAGGCAGAGGCGUCGCGUACUUUUGAAUAUGUGCACCUGCUCUGUGCAGAUAGUGUCAAGGUCCGGGCGCGCCGUGACCUGCUCCAACACACCAAAGCGACUUCGCCACUGCACACCGCGUCCGUGGACGAGGUCCUGCAUGUCGAAAGCGCUGAUAGCGCAGCGGUCAAGGCGGUCCUGGACGUCAUGGAGCGUCUGGAUGCCAACGAUCUGCUGCCGACGCCACCGGAUGAUCAACCGCUGCUUGUGCGUGUGGCCCAUGCUUGGCCCUUGCGCCUGUGGCCUUUUUGCUCUGAGCACGGCUUGGCCCUGGUCCAGGAUGCCAUCAUCGACACGGUGGUGGCCGAUCUGCAUGUUGGUAACGCACUGUACUAUUUUGAGCUGGCCUCGCGGCUAGGUCUGACAGAAAUUCAAGAUGCAGCCCAACGUCUGGUGGAGACUUUUCCGAGCGUGAUCUUUACGCAACCCGGCGCCUUUAAUGUGUCAGAGCAAUGCUUGGCGCGCCUGGUGCAAUCUGACUUGCUGGCUCUCAGUGAAGUGGCCGUGUGGCACCUUGUCACGCAGUGGGGUCUUUUUCACGCAGGCAUCUCGAGGACAGAUUGUCUCAGCCCACAGGUCAACUGGACGACACAGAGCUCGUCAGCCGAGGCACUGGGCCAGGAUCAACACAUGCGUGCCGUUGCCGUGGAGGGGGCACGUGAUUUGCUGGGCCUCUCGGACUCUGCACAAGACCUGCUGCGUCAGUCGUUGGCCGGCAUCUUGGGCAAGCUGCGCUUGCUCGUGUUGGAAGAGGCUUUUUGUCACGAGGUAGUCUUUGCAUCUAAUCUGUUGGGGCCGGAGCUAACCCAAGAGGUGCAGGAUCACCACACGGGCCGUGUUGGGCUCCCAGUGGAUCACAUCUACUUGCGCCCGCGCUUGGGCAUGCACCCCUUUGCGCAAAGCGCCAUUCUGUCUGAGGAACAAGGACGCAUGUUGCACUCCUGGGCGGGGCAGCCGCAUUUGAAAUGGCGACGUCUGUUUAGCGCGCAUGCUGCCAGCGUCAAUCCCGAGGACGCUGGUUUUGCUGCAGAUGACUUCAACUCGCUGUGUGGGGGUCGUCGCCCCACCUAUGUGGUCAUUGAGGCUACCAAUGGUCUUGUGUUUGGGGGCUAUACGCCAUGCGCGUGGCAUGUACGGGACGAACGCCACUUGCCCUUGGCCUAUGCGCCAUUGUCGGUACGCAGCCAAGGACAUCGCGAUGCUGCCUACCAUGUGCGGUUACUGAACCAAGCCGGCCUCAAUUCCUUCUUGUUUUCAUUGGUCAACACUCGGCAAACAGCACCACAACGCGCUUUUGCCAUCGACCCCGGUGCCGCUGUGCGGCCUGCCGUCCAUACGGGUCCUCACUUUGGCGGGGCUUCUCACCUUCUUCCCGAUCUUUGCGUUGGCAAUGGCUGCACCGAAACCACUGGGUAG